CGUUGGUGUGGGCGGACCGGAGAAGAUGGCGGCGCCCAUGGAGGUGGCGCUGGUGACGGACGCCGCCGGGCUGCUGAGCAAUUGCUCGGUGUGGGAGCUGCACUCGGGCUCCGCGCUGCCCGGCUACCGGGGCGGCAACAGCGGGGCGCGGGGCCUGGCGCUGCUGGGCGGGGAGCACCUGCUGGGGGCGCAGCUGGGCAAGGGCUACAUCAGCGUCUGGGAGCUGCAGAGAAAGGACCAACUCCAGCAGAAGAUCAUCUGCCCUGGGCUGGUGACUUGCCUGACAGCUUCCCCUAAUGGUCUCUACAUCCUGGCAGGCAUUGCUGAGAGCAUCUAUUUGUGGGAGGUCUCCAGUGGGAACCUCCUCGCCAUCCUGAAUCGACACUACCAAGACCUCACGUGCCUCUGCUUUACCGACGACAGCAGUCACUUUCUCUCGGGGGGCAAGGACUGCCUGGUCCUGGUGUGGAACCUUUACAGCACCCUGCAGGUGGAGCACUCCCAGAUCCCGGAGCCCCGCCACGUGUGGUCUCGACACAGCCUGCCCAUUACAGACCUGUGCUGCGGCUUCGGAGGCCCCCUGGCACGAGCGGCCACCUCCUCCCUCGACCAGACGGUGAAGCUCUGGGAAAUCUCCUCUGGAGAGCUCCUGCUCUCUGUCCUCUUUGAUGUGGGCAUCAUGGCGGUGACCCUUGACCUCUCCGAGUAUCACAUGUUCUGUGGCGGCAUGGACGGCUCCAUCUUUCAGGUCGACCUCUGUGCCUGGCCUGUUCAAAGAGACCGAGCCUUCCACUCGGAGCGGGAGAACGGGAAGAUCUUCAAGGGACACAGGAACCAGGUGACGUGUCUGUCCGUCUCCACGGACGGCAGCCUGCUGCUCUCCGGCUCGCACGACGAAACAGUCCGGCUGUGGGAUAUCCAGAGCAAGCAGUGCCUGCGGACAGUGAAUCACAAAGGCCCGGUCACAAACGCCUUCAUCACGCUGGCCCCAGCCAACAUGUUUAACCCAGACAGCAAGCCCAGCGUGCCUCUGCCCAAAUUCAGCAAACACCUGCACGGGACCGAGAGCAGCGAGGAUCAAGGAGCCGAGGGGGUGACACUGCGCCUUGGCCUCCACCAGCAGGUGGUUGGGGAGAGCUACUUGGAAAAGGCUGACCGGUUGUACUCGCAGAUGUGCUUGACCAGGGAAAAGAACCUGAUGGGAGACCAGGAGCAGCUGAAGAUCCAAGUGACAGAGCUGGAGGAUGAAAUCAGCACGCUCAGGAAGAUCAAUAAGAACCUCUUUGACUUCUCUGCCCGUAUCAUCACUAAGUCAGCCAAAUGAGCGCUCAUCCCGAGCCCUCGCGCGCCCCCGCCCAGCCCUGCAGAGCUCUCGGCGAGGAGGCGGCUACCCCCCCCCGGCGCCAGUGCCCAUGGACGCGUGAGCCCGGCAGUCCACAUGGCCACGCGACCUCCCGUGGAAAUCCGCAGCACACGCCAAGCAACCAGGCAUCCACACGCAGACUCAGCCACCCAACAGCCAGGCACAUGUAGGCAGGACACUGCAUGUGCCGUCAGACACGCUUUGUACACGCAGUCCUCCAUGACCGUUUUCACACGCAUCGGUGCACGCAGGGGAAGUGCGGUGGGAUCUCCACAGCAUUCUGGACUGAGGGCACCGGGCGCGCGGGAGACCAGACUGGUGCGAAUGGAGAUGCUCAAGGGAACUGUUACCAGGUUGGGGGCAGAGGGGUGGCAGAUACAGGGGGACACCCCGCUCCUCUUCCCCGGCCUCCCCUUUUCCUUACUCUGCCAUGGUGCACGGACAGAGCAACAGGUGCUGCUUUUAUCUCCUAACACCCUGGAGUGGGGGAGGCGAUUUUGUGUCUCUCCUCCUCCCCGAGUGGAGAUGCUGCUGCUUGGCCCUGAAUCCUCUGCACUAAACCAACUGGCUGGGGGGCAGGCUUGGAAUUUCCCAUCGAUGCCAAAUCUGGGCCUGACAGUCACUGGGCCUGAGCCAGCGGCACACUGACGCCUGCUGGAAGCCCUAGUCCUCUCUCUCCGCCCCCGCCUGUUCAGCUGGCUCAUUUAGUGCGCAGGAGGGAGGGAAGUAGCUUUCUGUCCAAGUGCGGGGGGUUUAUGGGGCGGGGUGCGGGGGUUACAGCCCUGCUCCCAUGUUGGUGGGGUAUUUCAGGGCAUGAGAUUAACCCUUGGUGGGAGGUGCAUUGGGUGCUACAUGGAUUACACAUACAGUCUCCUACGUUGGAGCCGCUGAGUCAGACUAGGCCCCAGCCUGGGAGGUUGCUCUUUUUCAUCAUCAUUCUGGAUCCAGUUCCUUUAUUCUCAGACCGUUUUCUUGGGAAUUUGCCUUUGGAUUCUGUCUCCUUUUGUAUCAUGUUGUGGCGUUUUGGUUUAAUUGGGAGGGGGGAGUUACAUAAAAAUUGUUUUUAUAGUGAUA